AUGGGAGGAAAGGACAUCAAGGUGGCAGACCGCACGCCAAUUGAGGGCAUGGCCCACGUGCGCGGCCCGUCCGCGCCGCCGCUUCUCGAGUUGACGAUACCGGAACUUCUGGCCGGCACGGCUGCCGAACAUGGCCACCGGGAGGCCGCCAUUUUCCAUGCCGAAGGCGUGCGCUGGACCUAUGCCGAAUUCGCGCGCCGGGUCGACAGGCUUGCCGGCGGACUGCUGCGGCUGGGUGUGCGAAAGGGCGACCGUGUCGGCAUCUGGUCACCGAACAACAGCGCCUGGCUGCUGACCCAGUUCGCCACUGCGCGGAUCGGCGCCAUCCUAGUCUGCGUCAAUCCGGCCUAUCGCCCCUACGAGCUGGAAUAUGCGCUCAACAAGGUCGGGUGCAGCACGCUCAUCACCGCACCUCGCUUCAAGACGUCCGACUACGUCGCGAUGCUCAACGAACUCGCCCCCGAACUGGCUACCUCCGAGCCGGGCAAACUGUCGGCCGCCGGCCUGCCGGAACUCAAAAGGGUCGUCGCCAUUGGCGGGACAACGCCGGCCGGCAUGUUCGGCUUUGAUGCCGUCUGCGGCAUGGGUGACGACACCGCGCAAGCCGACCUUGACCAGAUCGGCGCCGGCAUCCGCAAUACCGACCCGAUCAACAUCCAGUUCACGUCGGGAACCACGGGACGGCCCAAAGGCGCCUGCCUCAGCCAUCGCAACAUCGUCAACAACGCCGCCAACGUCACGUCCACGCUCGGCCUUGGCGCCGACGACCGGUUAUGCAUUCCGGUGCCGUUCUACCAUUGCUUCGGCAUGGUCAUGGGCACGCUGGGAUGCGUCACCAAGGGCGCGGCAAUGGUUGUUCCGGGCGAAGGCUUCGACCCCGAGGAAACCCUGGCGACCAUCUCGGCCGAGCGCUGCACGGCGCUUUACGGCGUGCCGACCAUGUUCGUCGCCGAGCUCGGCGUGCCCGAUCUCGACCGGUACGAUCUGAGCCAUCUGCGCACGGGCAUCAUGGCCGGCGCCUCGUGCCCGAUCGAGGUGAUGAAGCAGGUUCAGUCGAAGAUGAACAUGGAACAGGUGACGAUCGCCUACGGCAUGACGGAGACCUCGCCCGUCUCGUUCCAGUCCGACACCGACGAUCCCAUCGACAAGCGCGUCAGCACGGUCGGGCGAAUCCACCCCCAUGUGGAAUGCAAGGUCAUCGAUGCCGACGGCCGCACGGUGCAGCCCGGCGUGCAGGGCGAGCUUCUCACGCGCGGAUACUCGGUCAUGCAGGGCUACUGGGAUGAUGACGAUCGCACGGCCGAGGUCCUCAUCGACGGGUGGAUGCACACCGGCGAUCUGGCGACGAUCGAUGCCGAGGGCUACUGCCGCAUAACCGGUAGGGUCAAGGACAUGAUCCUGCGCGGCGGCGAAAACGUCUACCCGAGCGAGGUCGAGGCGUUUUUGUACACCCAUCCGGACAUUGCCCAGGCACAGGUCUUCGGCAUUCCCGAUCCGCACCUGGGAGAGCUGGUCUGCGCAUGGGUCGUCCCGCGUGCGGGCGCGAUGCUCUCCGAGGAGGAUGUGGGCGCCUUUUGCCGCCAGUCCAUCGCCCAUUUCAAGGUGCCGGCCCAUGUCCGGAUCAAGGACACGCUGCCCAUGACCGUAACCGGAAAACCCCAGAAGUUCAUCAUGCGCCAGCAAAUGGUGGAGGAACUGGAACCGGCCGACCCGGGAUAG